CAUUUUCCUAGUGCUUCAAUAGCAUUAUAUUUGCUUUUAAACUGAAUGCUUAAUGUAUGUUGUAAUCACGCUUUUACUUCUUUAAUUGCAAAAUGCAAACAUAAGUAUAUGAAUUAAGAUAAAUAGUUGAAGCAUUUACAUCGAGUCAAUCCUUCAAUAGAGUUAUGUCUAUAUAUAUAAAGACAACUGUGUUUGGCAAUCUUGCUUUUGCAUGUUGAAUUAUUCUUAGUUGGUUUAUUUGCUUGGGGAGAUUUCUUGCUUAACCUUUCUAAAAGUAACUUUCCAAGUAAACCACUUAUAUGGUUAUUUUAGCGAUAAUUGUUUUUUGUUUUGAAGUUAAAGAGUUUCCUAUUAUUCAACCUUAUAAUCUGGUAGCUUCUCUAAAUUUGGCAAGAGUGAUGUUUUCCAAUUAUUUUGUUAAGCUUGAAAUUUAGUAAAUAUGAAGGUUUCUAUUUUAUAGUGACUAGACUUCUUUUAUUAAUAGAACCAAUGAUGUUAUUUGUGCAUCUAACAUGGGUUGGGAAAAAAAUAUGUAAUUCUUCAUACAUGUUCAUGGAAGAGAAAGUGUUUAGAGCAGAGAAAACAAAGUAGCAUACUAACCGAAAUCUAAAACUACACAGCUGUCAGGUAGUGAAAGGCAUAGCUAACUUCAAUUAUAACAGAAUCUUAUUAUACGAUACUCUAACAUCAGUUGAUGAAAUAUAUACUAUUCAGUUUUUUACAUUUAUUUCCCUUUUCUCUCCAUUUUUGGUUUCCCUGAUAUCUAUUAGUAGUAUUGAGGUCUAUUGAUGUUUGCAUUUUGGACGAAGUCAUGGAUUAUUAGUUCACAUUUUUGCUACAAAAUUGGUUUGUAACUGUUUUUCCUGACCGAUUAUUAGUGUGAAUGUCUCUGUGAAUAUAAAUUAUUGUGUAAGUAGCAUUUUAUUCUUAGGCGCUCUGGGCACUAUUCUUUCAUGUUUAGCCUGAAUUCUAAAAGAAUAGUAUAUUUUAGGAUAAUCUAUUGUCACAUUUACUUUUACUAAUAAAGAGGGAACUAAUAAUCACUUGAUUAUUGUAUAAUGAAACUGGAAUGCAAAAAAGAGAAUGGUAAGAAUGUAGAAAAUCUUAAAAGAACCCUAAGUUGUCAUUUGCUCUGGUCAGUUAGUGAUAAACGUCAAAUGGAUAGAGGUUAUGGAUUUUUACUUAAAAGAUAAAGAGAGGUAUGAGUGUCUUUGAAGAGCCUUGAUUUACCUUUUUGUUCUUUAUUGACUUUCUGAUUGUUUACCGGGUAGAAUUGGUGUGACAAAAUUCUAGUUGGAACUUGUUGAAAUGUAAUGUAUUUUCUAGUGGGCUUUUUAGAGGUGGCUUUUAUAGGAGCCUUCUGUUUUUCCUUUUUAUGUUGAUCUACUAUCCCUUAAACAGGGUAUUUAUGUGUAUUAGGGUUUAGAGGACAGUAAUAAUAAAAAUUUCAGUUUCUCUCCCAACUCUUUAAGUUGGUAUCCAGAGCCAGGUUGGUUUUGUUGUCCACUGUGGCUACCACUGCCACUGCUACUAUCCGUUGUCCAUUGUCGCUGUCUGUCGCUGCUAUCCGCUGCCGUCGCCGCCGCUGUCAUCUGUCGUCGGAGUUUUUUUUCUUCGGCGAAGUCAACGGUUAGGUGUGCCUUGACGAGCGUGACCCAUCCCUAGUGGUUGUUGUUUUGCUGUUCCGUCGACAAUUGCUUCGAUCUAGGGUUUCUAACCUCAAAUCAGUUUUUCCCUCUUUUGUUUUGCAUCAAAGUGGCUUCUGGUUUUGGAACACCUUCUCUAUCUGCUACCCCUACCAUUACUUCUGCAAAACUCAGUUGGAAAAACUAUCUAUCUUGCUCUUCUUUCGUGGAGUUAUGGUUUCUUGGUCAAGGAUACCAUGAUCAUCUUGAACAAGAUAUUUCCACUGUACCCGAUGAAGAGAAAUCUCAAUGGCAGAAGCUUGAUUUUCAAUUAUGCGUUGUCCUAAGGCAAUCUGUCGAACAAGAGGUCUUAGAAGUUUUGAGACCUUAGAAGACGUGCUCCUCUUUUUGGAAAAGAGCACAGGAUAUCUUUGUUAAUGAUGUGCAACGUCUCUUUGAUGCAACUCAAAGAGUGACUUCCCUCAAGCAAGCCAAUCAUGAUAUGGUCGCUCACAUAGGAAAGGCUCGUGCUGCCGUAGAGGAAUUGAAGAAUUUCUUUGUGGCCGACUCUUUAGAAGGCAUAAACAAGAAGCUUGAUAAGUUUUAUGUGGUCUUAAUUCUAAGAAGUCUACACUCACAUUUUGAUCAUGUUCGUGAUCAAAUGUUAGCUGGUGAUCAAGUCCCAUCAAUGGACAACCUUGUUACUCAAUUUCUUUCGGUACCUUCAUUAGUUAAAGACGAAAAUUCAAUUGAUGGUAUUGAAACAUCAGCUAUGGUAGCACUACAAGGAAGAGGAGGAGGCAGAAGCAACCAAGGAGGACGUGGUGGUCAUAGUAUGCUUCCUCAAUGCACAUAUUGUAAGAAAAUAGGCCAUACUCGAGAGAAAUGUUAUGCCUUACAUGGAUAUCCAGACAAAGUUGCUCAUGUUUCUAAAUUUGAUGAUCUCGAAUCCAAAAUUUCAAUUGAAGAGUACCAAGAAAUUUUGCGGUACAAGUCUAGAAAAUCUUCUAAUCCUGGCCAGUACUCCUCCAUGUCCAAUGUGUCAACUGCCUACAUAUCUCGAUCUGUGGAAGGUCACAGUCCAUGGAUCCUUUACUCAGGUGCCUCAGACCAUAUCUCUGGAACAUGGUACGGGUUGUUUGAUUGGAGAAGGACAUCAGUCUCAACGACUUUAUUUCUUAAAACAUAGCUCUUCAGUUUCCUGUUUUACAACUUCAUCUCUAAAGCUUUUGCAUGAUCCUUUGGGCCAUCCAAGUUUGUCCAAGUUGAAGAAGAUGGUUCCGAGUCUCAAGAACAUUCAAGUCUUAGAUUGUGAGUCUUGUCAGUUAGGAAAACAUGUUAGAUCAUCUUAUCCUAAAAGGACUAAAAUGUGAUGUAAUUUUCCUUUCUCAACUAUUUACUCUAAUAUUUGGAGACUAAGUCGUGUUAUUUUGUUUGGUUUUAAUUAUUUUGUAACCUUCAUUGGUGAAUUCUCUCAAUGUACUUGGGUUUAUUUAAUGAAAGAGUGAUUUGAACUUUUGUCCAUAUUUAUGUCCUUUUUUAAUGAAAUUAAGAACCAAUUUGGGAAGACAAUUAAAAUCCUCCGUAGUGAUAAUGCUAAGAAAUAUUUUUCUACAACGUUUUCUUCAUUCUUAUCUUCCCGAGGAAUUUUACAUCAAUCAACAUGACCUCACACUCCACAACAAAAUGGUAUUGCAGAGAGAAAGAAUAGACAUCUCAUUGAAACUGCACGUUUCCUGAUGUUGAAUACUAAUAUUCUUGUGCAUCACUGGGGCGAUGCAGUCCUCACUACUUGUUUUCUAAUCAAUAGGAUGUCUUCUUCCUCUCUUAAGAAUAAAAUUCCUCACUAUCAUUUUUCCAAACGACACUCUAUACCAUGUCUCCCCACGUAUAUUUGGGUGUACGUGUUUUGUCCAUAAUGUUUAUCCAGGUCUUGAUAAGCUCUCUGCAAAACCUAUUAAGUGUGUUUUCUUGGGAUACUCUCGUCUUCAUAAAGGGUAUAAAUGUUAUUCUCCCUCCACUAAGAGAUAUUGUAUGUCUGUUGAUGUCACAUUCUUUGAGGAUACACCUUUUUUCUUGUCCUCCAUGGAGGAUCGUUCAUCUGUUCAACAAAUGUUUCCUCUACCAUCAUGUGAUCCCUUGGUUAUUCGUGCUUCUGUUCCUCAAACUCAAAAUGUGAAUAACAUUGUUCCCCUACCUUUUUUCAUAUAUCAGCGUCGGAGUCAAACUCAAACUCAGAACCCUAAAGAUCCUUAAGACUCAAAUCCUCCUCCAACAGAUCCCCAGACCAUGGAUCCUUCAUCCUCCUCACCUUUUCUUGACUCAGAUGAUAAUUUGCCCAUUGUACUUCAGAAAGGUAUUCGCUCUACUUGUAAUCCAUAUCCUAUUUAUAAUUUUUUCAGUUAUCAUUGUUUGUCUCCUCCCUAUUUCUCUUUUGUUUCCUCCUUAUUCUCCCUUAAGAUUGCUAAUAAUAUUCAUGAGGCACUUGAUCAUCCUGGAUGGCGACAAACCAUGGUUGAUGAAAUGUCGGCACUUGACCACAAUGGUACUUGGGACCUUGUCCCUCUUCCUCCUGGUAAGAAGCUUGUUGGUUGUAGAUGGGUUUAUGCUAUUAAAGUUGGUCUUAUUGGUGAAAAUGAUCGUCUCAAAGCUCGUCUAGUAGCUAAGGGAUAUACUCAAGUUUAUGGCCUUGACUAUUGUGAUACUUUUUCUCCUGUGGCUAAAACCAGUGCGGUUUGUAUUUUGCUUGCUAUGGCUGCCAUUCGUCAGUGGCCAGUUUACUAGUUGGACAUUUUCUUCAUGGUGAUCUAGAAGAGGAGAUAUACAUGGAGCAACCUCCUGAGUUUGUUGUUGCUCAAGGGGAGUCUGGGUUAGUUUGUAAAUUAUGUCGUUCCCUCUAUGGCUUGAAGCAAUCACCUCGAGCUUGGUUUGAUAAAUUUAGUCAGGUUGUGCAAAAUUUUGGAUUGAAACGAUGUGAGGCGGUCAUUUAGUGUUUUGUGAUCAUUCUUCUCCUGACAAAUGUGUUUAUCUCAUGGUGUAUGUUGAUGAUAUUGUUAUUACAGGGAAUGAUCUCACUAGAAUUACUCAAUUAAAGAAUUAUUUGUGCAACCACUUUCAGACUAAAGAUCUGGGCCGUCUAAAAUAUUUUCUCGGUAUUGAAGUGGCACAGUCAAAAGAGGGUGUCAUCAUUUCACAAAGGAAAUAUGCUCUUGAUAUUUUAAAGAAAACAGACCUGACAAAUUGCAAGCCCAUUGGUAGUCCUAUGGACUCAAAUCAAAAGUUGAUAGGUUUCUCGUCAAGAAACCGUAUCUUCCACUCACUCAACACACUAACAGAGUAAAGAAAACUGAUGAAUAACCUCGGGUUUAUUGCUCAACAAGAAAGAAUACAAGAAAGGGAACAAAAAUGGGAGCCUAAUCUCCCUCCAACAAGACUCAAAGUCUGUUCAGAACAUACAAACUGUCAAAAAGUCCCCCUCCAAUACUCAACUCACCUAUUUAUACAAACUAACAUUCCCACCACUCCUAACUGUUAACACAGUUAGGCCAACUAACCAACUAACUGCCUCUAACUGUUUAAUCACAGUUAUCUAACCUCUCCUCUUCCUUACAUACACCUUCAACUUCUUAUCAAAAGUUAAUGAGAGAUCAAGGUGAACCUUUCUCAGACCCAUAGAGAUAUAGAAGACUGGUUGGAAAACUCAUCUAUCUUACAAUAACAAGACCUGAUCUUUCUUAUCCAGUGGGAGUUAUGAGUCAAUUUAUGCAAAAUCCACAUGUUGACCAUUGGAAUGCGGUGAUUUGCAUUCUCAGAUACGUAAAAGGAAACCCAGGACAGGGAUUAUAGUAUGAGAACAAGGGAAGCACUCAGAUCGAAGGAUAUUGUGAUGUAGAUUGGGAUGGUUGUCCAAUUGAUCGAAGAUUUACUACAGGAUAUUGUGUUUUACUUGGAGGGAACCUUGUAUCUUGGAAAAGUAAGAAACAAAGUGUUGUUUCUUGAUCUAGUGCUGAAGUUGAAUUCCGAUCUAUGGCUUUAACUAUAUGCGAACUUGUGUGGAUUAGACAACUUCUUCAAGAAUUGAAAUUUUGUGACCGUUGAAACUGUACUUUGACAACCAAGCAGCCCUUCAUAUUGCCUUCAAUCCAGUGUUUUAUGAGAGAACAAAACACAUAGAAAUUGAUUGUCAUUUUAUUAGAGAGAAGUUGUUGUCCAAGGAACUUAUUACUGAGUUUGUCAACUCCAAUGAACAACUCGGAGACAUUCUGACCAAAUCUCUAAGGGAGCCUAGAAUUCAAUAUAUAUGUUCCAAGCUUGGUGCAUAUGAUCUAUAUGCUCCAGCUUAAGGAAGAGUGUUGAAAUGUAAUGUAUUUUCUAGUGGGCUUUUUUAGGAGCCUUCUGUUUUUCAUUUUUAUGUUGAUCUACUAUUCCUUAAAUAGGGUAUUAUGUGUAUUAGGGUUUAGAGGACAGUAAUAAUAAAAAUUUCAGUUUCUCUCUCAACUCUUUAAGUGAACUUAAAUAGAGUUUUUUUUUUUAUCCAUUCUCCAUUAAUGUACAACUUGAAAAAUCAUUUUAAGCCUUUUCUUAUC